GCUCCGAGGCAGUGUGGCACUAGCGAGAGCGCCUGCACGCCGGUGCUGAGCAUCAUGAGCACAACGCUUGCCUCGUCGCUGUCAUCCUCACUUUCGUUCAAUCUCAACAUAUCGUCCCGCAUCUCAGAUGGCAUACAAGGUCGCAAUGAUCGUCAAUGACACCGCCCUUCGACGUCAAGCCCCGCAGGCUUCAAGUUCCCUACGGCUACGGCGUCAGCACAGCCAUCUACAACCGUCUCGCCAACGGUUUGUCCAACCUGCUCGCCAUCGUAGUCCUGGCCAAAGAGGCAAGCUGCAGAUCGCGUCUUCCACUCGGCUUCUUUGUCCACUCUCAAAACUCGUAACUCGUCACCCCAAGAAGAGCAUGCCACGGCUCAGCAAUUCACCCAGCUCACGCCUUCGAUCGCAAGCAAAGAGACUUGCCAGGACGCAGGCUCUUCGUCCCGCCAACGAAUCUGCUGAGCGAGCCGUCACCGACGCGGGCACCGUCAUGGCCUCGAGCACAAGCACGCGCGCUCAGCAAGGCAACGCUGGGCAGACGAGCAAGGCGCAGACGAUGCGACGACGGCUUCUCUCCGCGUGCCUCUCAACAGAGUCAUGUCCAUCAAGCACGAGCGCGAGGAGUCGCCAGCGCUGCCCGACCUCGACACGGAGGUCAUUGACCUCAAGGGCUUUGGAAGUGAGCGCUCGUCAAGCUGAUUCUCUGGCCGAGCGAGAAGCUGAUCGUCUCUUCUUCUCUGCCCGCCAUUGCCGUCGCCCGCAGAAACGCCGGACUACUACGUCCUCGAGCCCACUUCUGCAGCAGCCUCCCUGCCUACCACGGACGACGGCGUGCGAGCUCGCCUUGACCUAUGUAGACAGGCAGCAAUCUCGACCGCCAGCAGUCCUCCUUAUGGGCUGAACACGCAGAUAAAAGAGCUGCUCGAGUCGAACG